CCAUUUCUUCCUUCCUUCCUACACCCUCUCGCGGCCCCACACCAUCCCCGACAAGGCGACAAUCUCUCCGGCGGCGAAGCCGAUGGAGGCGAGCUCAGGCGAAGACGCUCCGAAACGCAACCCUCUCCCGCCCGCGCUCGUGUCCAACCUCCAGUCCGUGCUCGCCGCGGCGGAGGCUUCCGAUGCCCCGGCCAGAGAUGAGACGCCGGAGAGGCCCCUCGUCCUUCUGACCUGCGCCGGGGGGAUCCGGUCGCCGGGUCUCGCAGCUCUCGUCGACGCCCUCGUCGCCGGCGGCCGCUGCGACGUCCACGUGUGCGCCCCCGAAUCGGACAAGCCAGCCUGCGGUCACUCAGUUACCAUCCGUGAGACCAUCACCGCGACAUCCGUCGAUUUCGCAGGGGCGAAAGCUUUUGAGAUAUCAGGGACACCGGUGGAUUGCGUCUCGCUGGCAUUAUCUGGGAGGCUGUCUUCCUGGUCGGCACCUGCUUUGGUGAUCAGCGGUAUCAACGCAGGGCCAAAUUGUGGAUAUGAGAUGUUCCACUCUUCUGCCAUUGCUGCUGCAAGGGAGGCCUUAAUGUAUGGGGUGCCUUCAAUUGCAAUCUCAUUGAAUUGGAAGAAGGAUGAAAGCAGAGACAGUGACUUCAAGGAUGCAGCUCAGGUCUGUUUGCCAUUGAUAAAUGCUGCCUUGGCAGAUAUUGUGAAAGGAACUUUCCUCAGAGGGUGCCUGCUGAAUAUUGGGGUUCCAAGCUCACCAUCUGCAAAUAAGGGUUUCAAGUUGACCAAACAGAGUGUAUGCAGUCCUGCUCAAAGUUGGCAAGCUGUGUCAACAAGCAGACCUUCAUGUGCUACGCACUUCAUGGGCAUGCAUCAAAGCCUUGGUAUUCAGCUGGCACAGCUUGGGAAAGAUGCAUCUGCAGCAGGAGCUGCACGUAGAGUUAAUGCUCAGCGAAAGAUAGUCGAGGUUGAGUCUGUUGCUGCUGCCGGUAAACAAGAGGUUCGAGAAGUAGUGAAGAAGUUAUUCCGUGCUGAGUUUGUCGAUAAGCAACAUGAAGGUUUAGAUGAGGAUAUCGAUUUGAAAGCUUUGGUGAAUGGAUUUAUAUCUGUCACUCCUCUGAAUGUGCAUGGACAAGUGGAGGCUGAAAUUGGAGCCCCAGCUUCAGAUUGGCUGUCAGCAGCUGUGUCUCUAGACAAAGGAAAGGAAGCUUCUCCAGCUAUAGAAGACCAACAAGAUGCUCCGGUUGCAGCUGAGGAAAAGGAAGCUCCUUCAGAAACCUAACAAACACGCAGACAUGUACACACUACGUAGGUGUCUUAGUUCUUGCAGUGAUGGCGAUCUUUUCUCUCCGUUCUUUAUCAGUUUGAUUUGUUUAGUCUUUUGUACUCGAUAUUUGUUCAGUGCAAUGCCUAUUUUUUUGUUCA